CUAGGGCUGCAGCUGCUCUCCCCCACAGGGUACCGGGAUCUGCUCCCCCAGCUCAGCUUCCCCCCCUAUCCAGCCCCAUAAAUAUCAAGUAAACACUUACCGGCAGCAAGCACCGUGUGCAGCUCAGAGCUCAUAAACAUCCUGUCUGUCCCCACUCAGCCUGUUCCUGUGUCUUUCCACGGCUCCAGCAUCUUGCAAGGCUUUACGCUUAACUCGGAGGUUAACAGAAACGUUAAUCCUCCUGACCACCACUGCUGGGUUCCCCCCUGCCUCCAGCACCGUGGGUGGGGCUGUGAGAAGCCUCCUCACCCCAGAUAUGUUCACCAUUGCGCUUACGGCUGAAAUGUUGCCUUGAACUUUCUCGACGCAUUCAUCAUUCUUUUUUGCUCUCGCUUUUGUUUUGAGCACAACCUGCAGGAUUAAAAACAAUUUGCUUGCCAGUCUGCGUUAUCUGCGAAGAGCCCUGCUCCUCUACAGUCGUCCUGCUAUUUUUAGAAGCCAAAGCAAGAUUUUUCCUUCUGUUUAGUUACCGAUGCUGCUCUGAUGUUUGCAGGGGUCCAUGGAAGCCAGCUGGAUGCUGCCCGGAGGCUGGUCCAUCACUGCUAGAGCGACCCUCCUGAGAGCGCAUCGCUGCAGGAGCUCAACCCUCGUGCCGGUUUGAAAGCACCUGCGGGUCUUUGCCAUGCCCUUCGCAGGCUACCUGCUGCUGCUUCUGCAGGGGUCCUGUGUUGCAGCAGAAAUGGCAGAAAUACUUGCAGAGGAAGGAUCCUCUGUCAUGAUGCACGCACCGGCCAUCAAGAACAUGAACUUGACCGAGUGGGAAUACAUAAGAGAUGGCACCCCUGAAUUCAUCCUGCAGUACUAUGCGGACUCACAGUUACUGACCAUUUACCCAGCUUACCAAGGCAGAGUGUUUUUCUACCAGAACAACGGCUCCCUUCUCCUAGAGAAGCUGCGAGAGACGGACAGCGGCACCUAUAAAGCAACGGUUAACCUGAUGCAGGACAAAGCAAGAAUGACCUCUCUUAGAGUGAUCAUGCCCUUGCCGCAGCCCAAGCUCCUGAGCAGCUCAAACCUGGCCGGUUCACUCAUCAACCUGACCUGCGUGCUGCCACAAGGAACGGUGGCUGAUGUCUCCUGGAAGAAGGAUGGACAUCCCCUUCCUCCCGAAAAGUGCUGUCACCUCACUUGGAAGACCACCAUGCUGCAGAUAAGGAAGGCAGAGAAGUCGGACUGCGGCUCCUACUCCUGCAUAAUCAACAACUCCGUUGGCUGGAAGGAGGCAGCCCUCAACCUGACUGUGACAGGUCUUACACCUCCUGCCCGUGAUGCACAGAUGAUGACCGCUGCUGCACUGGUGCUCGCUGCCAUCUCUGCCGUCCUCUUCAUUAUCUGGCUCUGUCAGCUGGGGAAGCACAGACUCGGUAAAGAAGCAUGGGAAUGGUUAAUGAUGUCCAUCCAAGGGCUGCUGUGCACCUCUUCUCUCCUCCUGUUUGCUGCCUCUGUCAUCUGGAUGCAGGAAGAUGGUCAUUCUGCUGCCUUCAUCCUGCUCGGGCUUUUCCUCUUGGCUGUGAUCAUGGCCACGGUGCUGACAGCAGUGGCGAUGGCGCCGUGCAGACCAGCAGUGCUCACACGCUUCAGGUCCAAAGGCGGGCACCGUGUCAUCCUGUGCCUUACAGCCACGACGCUGGUAGUCAACCUGCUGUUCACCAGCCUCCUGCUCCGCAGCUUCCAUCAGCUCCACGAGCGGGGCUGCUCAGAGGCUGUUGAUCUGACCAUCAGCUUCAUCAUUCCUGCUGUGGCCGUCCUCCUACUGCUGCUCCUCUUCCUGUGGUGUAAGUAGCCCUGCAGCUUCCUUCCAGCCACACCAAGUAGCAGCUCCGUCACUGAGACCCCGCUCUCAGCUCCCAGCCCCUGGCAUCAGGUCUGGAGAGAAAAGGCAAAGUGCCUCUGCUUCACCCAGGGAUGCUCAAGGAAGGGUUUGUGGAAAGCGAGUUUCUCCUCCUGGAUGUGGAGGAUGCUCUUCUGCUCUCCUCCUCACU